CCUUAGCCCCCUUGCGCAUCAUUAACACGGACCCUGAGGCCUUUGCUGGGGAGAGGGGGGAGUGAGGAAGGGGAUAUGGGCUGCUGCCGCCUUUCAGAGUUAGCUGUCAUUGAAGUUGGGGUUGUAGUUUUACCAGGUAACAGCCAUCCUGGGAGGAUUUCUUCAGGGGUGGGCUAAAAGAUAGUAAGGAUGUGUGGACAUUAGGAGUCCCCUAGCCUAUUUUGUGAUUGAGCCAACUGCCUCAGAAGAGGCUGUGCUGGGCUCAGGGAUUCCUGCCUGUGAGGACUGGGUCACACAGGCAGGCCAGGGAGACCUGAGCUUUUGAGAAGUUCCAGCCAGCAAGUUGCAUCAAGGUUUUAGAUGGCAGGGCUUGGCACGGUGCCUUCAUCACAUGUCUGGAUGACAGGGGUGCUGGUGGUAACCGUGUCCUGCUGGGCCCCAGAGCUCUCCGAGGUCGGUUCGCUUGCCUUACGGGUGGGUGCUGAGAUAUUUCUGGUGUGCUGGAGUAAUGCCUGUACUAUCAUCUGGCACUUGGGAUUGAUUGAAACAAAGCCUGCCUUUGCCUCGGCUUAGGUGUUGGAAAUAGUGGAUGGAGAAUAUGGUGUGAAGGCAGGUUUUGAAUUCUGCUUAGAACAUGUCUCUGUAGAAGAAAAAAAUGUUUGAGGUGGUAGUCUGCAGAGUCGUGCAGUACUAAAUGAAAGGCAUCUUCAGGCUGUGAUCUCCGCUCCCCUGUGUUUAUGGUAAAUUUAAUAUUUCUUCGAGUUCCACCUGUCGCUUAAGGGCACCUUUUGGAGUUAAAAUAGAGUUGUUUAUGGCUGAAAGCAUUGAGGUUCUUCCUCUCCACCUGUCUGAUUUUAGCAGCUGAAGGGAUUACUACAGCUGCUAAGAGAAAGGAGGGGGCCGGGAGCUGGGGUGUGAGCAGUGUGAAAUACUGACCCACACAGAUCUUAAGGAAGGGGGAAAUAAAGGACUAGUGUCGAUCUAGAGAUUGUUUCGUUGAACAUUUACAAAUGUGGAGAGUGAAGUUCAGGUACAUGUAGGGUAUUCUGGUUUCAAGCUUCCUAACUAUAACGCCAUGUACUUCGGGAGCAGUCCCCAGACAGUGCUAUUUAAACAUACACCUGAAUAGUCUGAGUUUGUCCAGGUUUAUAAUAAAGCUGUGCUGGCUAGAACACAGGUUCUGUCUGUAGUUAAAUAGAAUGAAUGAAGUAGCUAGUUCAGGGAACAAAGCAGGUAAAAGUGUAUUCUAAUCAUAAGACUUUGAGCUAUCAAUUCUCUGGAGAAAAAUGGUUGAACCAUUUGCCUUUUCUACAGUGGGACGCCAUAAGAACUUCAGAAUUACUGGUUGAGUGAAUUUUGGGUGCUACUGGCUUUUUUUUUUUAACACCCCUUCUAGGCAUUGAGCAUUUGUUAAUCUAACCCUGUGUUACUCCUGAAUAACAGACAAUGGUGUUUUGCCCCUCUAUGACCAAAUCUUUUACACAGUUUUACUGUAGUGCCAACCAAGUAUUGGUCUGUUUUGAGAGAAUGAAAAAUAACUUGUCCAAAUUAGUGGGUAAGGAUCCAGUAUAUUCUCUCCACUCUAAUUCCCUCCUUCCAAAAUAGAGCUACAGUCUGGUUUAACAAGUUGGGUUACAGUUUCAUAAUACAGUCCCUACCUUUGUGACUAAGCUGUCUCCCUGGAGGUUUUAUUCAUCUUUGAUUGAUGUCUGAAGAUCUAACAUUACCAAGGAAGAUUUGUAGAGGCUAGAGGCCAGCCCAGUCAUGGUUGGUUUUCUUUUUGGUUUUGUUGAAUAAGUAACUUGGCAUAAGGAAGCUAAGGGAUUUAGUGAAGGACUAAAUUGUACCAGGCACCCAUUUCGUAAAACUGUAUUCUAGCACAGUCAGAUUUUUUUCCUAGUGGAAGCCUGGAAGUAUGCACACCCUGAUUUUCUGGUUUUUUGUUUGUUUUGUUUUGUUUUUUUCCUUAUUCAGCUCUGAUUUGCCAUUGUUGUCACAGUUUUCAGUAUCUGUUUCGGUCAGACCACGCUCCUUGGGUGGACAGGGUAGCACAGCUGUUGUUCAGUGGUAGUUCUGUCGGCUGUGUGAAAUGCUUGGGAGUGGGGUCCAUUUCAGGAGGCAGUUGGAGGGCACAGUGGAACACACUACAAAGCUGUUCCCAGCCUUCUGGACCUGUGCUCCCUCUUAUAGAUAAGCUUGUCUUGCAUUGUCUUCCUGUCCUAAAAUAGUUGGUUUAUUUUAGUAGAACUUGGGAAGUGUGGGGAGAUGAGGAGAGGAAUGUAUUCUCUUGAACACUGAUAGGUGUUUUGGGAAGGUUUAUUGCCUGUCACCUUCAUCUAAUCCUGCGUGGUGACUCUCAAAUCUCAGAUUUUAAAUUUCAGUGUUCCCUGUGAGGCAUGUUGUACCAAGUUGGGCUGCAUAACUCACCUUUGUUUUUGUUUUUGUUUUUUUCCUUCCCUUCUUUAUCUCUUUUUUGCUUUUCCAACUGUGCUUUUUUCAGCUAUGCGUGUCACUGCUGCCUUAGGGCAGCCUGGACCUGCCCUUCCCCCUCCUGGCUCCCUUGCCCCCCAACAGUGCCCUCUGGCAACUGCUAACCAGCCUUCCCCGUUCCCUCCUCCCUCUGCUAUUGCCUCAACCCCCUUUGAAGUUCCUUUUCCCCAGUCAUCCUCUGGAACAGCACUGCCUUUGGGAACUGCCCCUGACACCCCGGUUUUCCUGCCAAACCUAAUAGGGCCUCCAAUCUCCCCCGCAGCCUUAGCUCUGGCCUCUCCCAUGAUAGCUCCAACUCUGAAAGGUGCCCACUCCCCUUCAGCUCCCUUGGCUCUGGUUGCCUUGGCUCCCCACUCAGUUCCGAAGAGUUCUACUUUUCCACCUCUUAGCUCACCACCUGCAGUUGCUGUAGCUGAGUCAGGCGCAGUGACAUCUAAAUCAGGCCCCACUGCUCCAGAGUCAAAGACUUCUCCGAUUCAAAUUCCCCCUCAAGGAGUCCCUAAUCCGAAAGGUAUUGCCAGUGCUCUUCCCUCCAACCUUGUAACCCCCUUGGCAUCUGUUCCAUCGAGAGUAGCCUCCUGUCCUCAGACACCACCCGCCACUCCCCUGGCCAUUACUUCUCAGGUCACUUCCUCAGCACUGACUUCUCCACAAAACCCUGUAAACCUCCCCCUGAAGGAGCCUGUUAGUCCACCUGCUGCCUUACCCUUUUCCACCCAGUCUGUUCCUGUGGUAACCUCUUCUCAAAAGACUGUGGCUCCCAGCAGCCCUUCAGUUUUCCCCACCGUGCUGGGUUCUCAUCUUGGACCUUUACAUCCGAGUUCUUCUGUUGGUUCUCCUGUACAACCAUUAGGUCAGAGAGAGCCUAAUGAUCCGUGCACACUGCAUACCACUUCUCUAGAGCCUUCUUCAGGAGACUCUUACCUUUCUCAUAGGUCUGCCGUUCCUCCCCUUCCUUCCAGAAAUGAGCUGGUGACUACUCUUCCCGCAGGAGCUGCAGCUUCCCCUCUGGCUCCAUCAGUGAACAAAGGGCCCAUAAUCUACAAUCCUUCAGACGCCCCAGAUGUAACCACUUCUUCACUAUCUCCUACAUCCUCUUUUGUUCUCAAAGGCUCUCCUAAUGCCACUCAGCAGCAGCCUUUUGGAACGCAGAUUCUUCCUUCUUCGGGAACAGGCAUUGGAGAAGCACCCAUUUCUUCUGUUGGAACCUCCCCAUUUGUGAUGACUACUAACCCCUCUACAAUUUCUGCAGCACCUGCUACCUUUGAGGUAGCUACUUCUGUCUCUUCUCCAAUCUCAUCUGGUCCAGUAAGUGGUAAAGAACCAACUUCCCCUAGUGCCAUGGUUGCGGCACCUGUGGCUCCCCAAGUGCUUGCUCCUACUCAAGCAAUAGCUGGUCUGGCGGAACCAGUCUCUUCUCAGCCAGUCCCUGAAGACUUCAAAAAUCUCCCCACUUCAGAGUUGGUAAAGUUCCCAACCCAAAAAGAUCUUCAAACUAUAUCAUCCUGUCCUGUAGGAGCCCCAGUUUCUCCAGCCCAGGCAGGACUCUCUACCGAGAAUGACCCUACUCUACCACCAUUGGCCUUGGCAGCCUCUAAAAAUUCCCCUUGUCUUCAAAAUACAGCAUCAUCUCUGGACAUGCGACUUUCUCCAGAAGCUGCCCUAGCAAAGAAAAGCCCUGUGGGUCCUCUCCCUGUAGAUAAGUCAGCAAUUGCUACUGUUGCUCCUCUAGGUGUUAAUUCCCCAGCCUCUGUCAUCCAGACAGAUGCUCACAUAAGUACGGACCCUGCUAGUCUGCUUCUCAAAGGUUCUUCUGUGGCUCAUAAAACUCCCACAAGUGCCUCUGCUGUCACUACAAGCAGCCUUUUCCCAGAAGGAGCUGUCUCUUCAGCUCCUACCACAAAGGGAACUUCCACUCUUCCUACUUCACCUGUGGCUCCUGAAGCCUCUGGAAGUUGCCCUGUGCCUCCUGGGGUUUUAUCUUCCCAGACUAUUUCUGCUUCUGCAGAUGUCUUGACCCUGGCCCCUGAAAUUCCCAAGUCUGUGCCCUCUCCCUCUCUUCCCCCAGCUGGGACUUCUCCAGGCACAGAGAACGUUUAUGGUAUUUCUCAAACCUCAGCACUGGCUCCUGUGGUUUCCUCUCGCGAGAGUGCUGGUGCCUCUGUCACUGCAUCCUCCAAGGGCUCUCUGACUUGCGCGGCUGGCUCCCCGUCUCCUUCAGGACCUCUUGCAUCUCCUCAGACUAAAAGCCCUCCAGCCAAGAAGGGGUCUGCUCUUCCUGAUGCUCCAGCUGGGAAGCGCUCAUCUGCUGUCCCUUCAGGGGAAGCUUCCUCUCCUCCAGAGGCCGGUCUGUCUGUGCAAGGCCCCAAAAGCUCACCAGCCAAGAAGCAGUCUUCCGUUUCUCCAUCCUCCCAAGAGGCUCCCUCUCCCCCAGCUACCCCAUCCCUUAAAGGAGCCGCUGCUAAGACUUGUCCCUCUCCCAAAAAGGCCCCAUCCUCCAAAGAGGCCCCUGUUCCCCCAGCUGUGACUCCCUCCCCUAAAGAGCCCCCCAAAACUUUAGCCCUCAAAGAGGUCCCAGCUACCCCAUCUACCAAAGAGGACUCUCCUCCCCCAGCAGUGACAAUUCCCUCCUCCAAAAAGGCCCCAUCCCCCAAAAAGGUCUCCACGUCCCCAGCUGUGACACCUUCAUCUCCCAAAGGGACCUCCACUCCCCCUGUUGCAACUCUUCCCUCCCCCAAAAAGGCUUCAGCCCCAAAAGGAGGCCCAGCUGCCCCACCCCCCAAAGAGGUUCCCUUGCCCCCAGCUGUGACACCUCCCUCCCCUAAAGGAAACCCGAUUUCCCCAUCCCCUAAAGAGACCCCUAUGUCGCCAGCUGUGACACCCCCAUCUCCCAAAGAGUCCCCCGUUCCCCUAGUCGCAUCUCUUCCCUCUCCGAAAAAGGCCUCAGCCCCCAAAGGAGCCCCAGCUGCCCCACCCCCCAAAGAAGUUCCCAUACAGUCAGCUGUAGCACCUCCCUCCCCCAAAGAGUCCCCCACUCCCCCAGUUGCAACUCUUCCCUCUCCCAAAAAGGCCUCAGCCCCCAAAGGAGGCCCAGCUACCCCACCCCUCAAAGAGACCCCCGUGCCCCCAGCAGUAACACCUCCCUCCCCCAAAGAGUCCUCUGUUCCCCCAGUUGCAACUCUUCCCUCCCCAAAAAAGGCCUCAGCCCCCAAAGGAGGGCCAGCUACCCCACCCCCCAAAGAGGCCCCUGUGCCCCCAGCAGUAACACCUCCCUCCCCCAAAGAGUCUCCUGUUCCCCCAGUUGCAUCUCUUCCCUCUCCGAAAAAGGCCUCAGCCCCCAAAGGAGGCCCAGCUACCCCACCCCCCAAAGAGGCCCCUGUGCCCCCAGCGGUAACACCCCCCUCCCCCAAAGAGGCUCCCGUUCCCCCAGUUGUAUCUCUUCCCUCUCCGAAAAAGGCCUCAGCCCCCAAAGAGGCUCCCUUGUCCCCAGCUGUAGCUCCUCCCUCCCCCAAAGAGUCCCCUGUUCCCCCAGUUGCAACUCUUCCCUCCUCAAAAAAGGCCUCAGCCCCCAAAGGAGGCCCAGCUGCCCCAUCCCCUAAAGGGACCCCUACAUCUCCAGCUGUAGCUCCUCCCUCCCCCAAAGAGGGCCCAGCUAUUCCAGCCCCCAAAAAGGCCCCAGCCCCUAAAGGAGGCCCAGCUGCCCUAUCCCCUAAAGGGACCCCCACUUCUCCAGCUGUGGCACCCCCCUCUCCCAAAGAGGCCUCCCCUCCCCAAACUGCAAUUACUCCCACCUCCAGAAAGGCUCCAGCCUUCAAAGGAAGCCCAGCUACCCAACCUCCUAAAGAAGUCCCAACAACUUCAGCCCCUGAAGAGGUCCCCACUCCCCCAGCUGCAACUCCUUCCUCCCCAAAAAAGGCCCCAGCCCUCAAAGAGGCCCCUGUUUCCCCAGCUGUGACACCUCCCUCCCCCAAAGGGGCCUCUACUUCCCCAGAUGCUACUCUUCCCUCGCCCAAAAAAGCCCCAGCCACCAAACCAAACCCACCUACAUCACCUAAAGGGGUCCCCACUCCCCCAGCUACAACUGUUCCCUCCCUCAAAAAGGCUCCAUCCUCUAAAAAGGCCUCUACUACUCCAGUUGAGACACCUCCAGCCUCUAAAGGGGCCCUGACUCCUGCCACUUCUCCCCCCAAAAAGGUCCCGACCCCCAAAGCAGAUCCAGCUACCCCAUCACCCAAAGAAUCUUCCACUUGCCCAGUCAUGACUCCACUUCCACCCAAAGAGGCUUCCACACCUCCAGUUGCAGCUCCUCCCUCUCCCAAAAAGAUUGUCGCCACUCCAGCCCACAAAAGCAGCCCAGCUACUCCACCCCCCAAAGAGGCUCCCGUAUCCCCAGCUGCAACACCUCCCUCCCCGCAAAAGGCCAGAGCCACUUCAGCACCCAAAGGUGGCCCAGCAACCCCAUCCUCCAAAGGAGCCCCAGCUGCCCCAUUCCAUAAAGAAAUUCCCACUCCUCUACCUGUGACUCCUGUCUCUCUCAAAGGCUCCUCUAGUUCCCCAGUGUCAGUCAAAAGUACCCCUGAGGCCAUUGCCCCUCAGGCCUCUGCAGGGCUACCCCCUCUCAAAGAAGUACUUGUUGCUCCAGCUCCAGAAAGUGCACCCGUCACGACAGCUCCCACUCAGAAAGGUCCACCACCCAAGAAGAGUUCUGCUACUUCAGCUCCUGUGUGCUUGGAUCCUUCAGCUAAGACUGAUACUAAAGGACCUGUUUCAGCAUUGGCUACAGCCCCUCUACAGACAGUACCCAUUCACAAAGACUCUGCAAAGGCUGCAAAAGUGGUCCCUGUUUCUCCUGUGAAAGGCAAAGAUUCUUUUCAUUCCCCAAAGGGUCCCUUGGCUCCUCCCCCUGAGUCUGAGACAUCUCCCCCUCCAGCAGCAGCUGCCUCUGAGAAGGGCCUUCCUAAAGCUGGAUCAGCAUCUGUCUCUCCAGCAUCCACCCCACCAGUCUCUCUGCCUCUUGCUCCCUCCCCAGUUCCCCCUCUGCUUCCUAAACAGCAAUUUCUGCCGUCCUCACCUGGGCUGGUGCUGGAAUCACCCCCUAAGCCCGCAGCCCCUGCUGAUGAGGAUGAGCUGCCGCCUCUGAUUCCCCCGGAACCAAUCUCUGGGGGAGUGCCUUUCCAGUCGGUCCUCGUCAACAUGCCCACCCCUAAACCUGCUGGGAUCCCUGCCCCAACCCCCUCUGCCAAGCAGCCUGUUCUGAAGAACAACAAGGGUAUUUGCCUUGGUUUGCCGUGUGCAUGGUGUGUUGCCCACACCCCUCUUGGGGGCUACCCACCAGUACUAACCCUAGGAUGCGCCGCUUUCUCCAGUGUAUCUGCUUGUGUUUAGACGUAGAACAUAGAGUGAUAAUUCUAAAUGCAAAAGCUCUAGAAAUGAGAGAUUGAAUCUUGGUGUUCAUCACCUCAGGUAGUUUGGUGUGGUCCAGAAUAAACCCUUGGUCUGCCAUCUGUUUUACCUACCUGAUGUGACACUGAAAACCAAGACCUUCCAGACUUUGAUUUGCUCUAAUCCCUACCACAUCACUAACCUUGUCCCUGGGCCUGGGAUUUGCUAAACUAUUGGGGAAUCUGAAGUUAAUGUCAACUUCUUUUCACUUCUUAGCAGUGACCAGUUGCCCAGGGACUCCCUUUUCUUUAAAAUGUAGAGACCUGUUUUUCAUAGCCUCAGAAUGGUGCAGAUGUACGCUUUUUUCCCUCAGUAGUCUUUAUUGAUGCUUGGCCUUUCAAUGAAGAGAAACUUAAUGUGUUUGGAAGAAAUGGAGGAAGUCAUAGGACAGUAUCUAAUAGAGAAAAUGACUUAUUGGAGCUGUAAGUUGCCACUGAGAAUCUUCCAGCUAUGCUGAUUGAAUCAAAUCACUGUGAUGGAUGGCUUGAAAAUAAGGCUGAAUGUGUGUACACAACUGCUCUGGCCUCCUCCAACCCAGUUUAAAGGAUGCAGGGAAAGCACCCUGCUUUUUCUGCCUCUACACUGUAAUUCCAUUGUUUUCCACUUAAGUAUAUAUGGAGAUAUCUUCUACCAGAACUUUUCCAGGAUUGUUGUGCUAUUGGGUACAAUUGGAGUUAAUGGGUCGUUGGUGUUUACUUCUGCCAAGAAAUAAAGACCUCAAGGGAAAGAAAGCAGUUAUAGUGCAUAAACUGCUCGGCUAUAUCUAGUGAUUACCUCUCGUUUCUGGGACCAGGACUUUAAUAGAUAUGUACACACUACUUUAUGACCAAGUUGGAAGCUCUCAAGCUGGCCUCACACAAACCAGUUGGCUUACAAAUGUUUAACUUUGUCAGGUCUAGCAUAGAGCAGUGACCUGUAGUCUAGAUAGGCCAUGUUGAGGUACCUCCUCCUUACCGUCUGUACUAUGAAAUGUGAAAGUUGUUUGUCA